AUGUGCACCUUCAUCAUUUACAUAGCAUACAAAGUCUACAGUCAACCAGAUAAACACGAACAACUAGAUGUUCUCUUAUCACCAAAGUAUAUUUUUCAUACAAACUCAUCUACUUACAUACCACUUAUAAACCAAAAACAGAAAUCUUAUCCACUUGUACUUCUUUGGACGGAUCUAUUUCGCGAUUCGUACUGGAAUCAGCCUUUAUUUUUCAAUGCAUCUGCACUUGUGUCAUGUUCAUCUACAGAUCUGUGCCAAUUUACACGCAAUAGAAGUCGAUUAGAUCAAUCAUCUAUAGUAGCGUUUCAUCUGUACGAUGCCACUCGGUAUCAAUUGCCUGAAACGAAUCCGUCGAAGGAUAAUCGCCAAUCUUGGGUGUUCGUUACCGGUGAAAGUCCAAUUAAUUUUUAUUACCAAAAUCCGUCGUUUUUUCCACGAAUGUUAGAUAAUUAUUUCGAUCAAUCGAUUUCAUAUAAAUACGAUUCGCCUUAUGCCGUCUUCUCGCCGAUUAUUGAGCGCCGAACGGCAUCGAUAAAUCGAAGGGAAGAGAAUUUGAAUCGCAUUAGUUUGAAAUCUAAGAAAAAGCCGGUUCUAUGGUUUGUUUCGAAUUGUAACACAUUUUCUCAACGUGAAAAAUACGUCGAACAAUUGAAAAAGUACAUACCUGUGGGUAUUUACGGUAAAUGCGGUCAACAAUGUCCCGAAGUACCGAAUCGACGAUGCCAAGUCAACAUCGACGAAUAUUAUUUCUAUCUAUCUUUUGAAAAUUCUCGUUGCAAUUCGUAUAUCACCGAGAAAUUUUGGAAUAUCAUUUCGGACAACGUUCAUCGCCUCGUUCCGAUUGUUCUCGGCGCUCCGGACACUGACUAUCAACGCAUAGCACCAAAUCAAUCGUAUAUACACGUGAAUAAAUUCCAGACGCCGAAGCAUUUAGCGGAAUAUCUGUACGAUUUGAUGAAUCAUACCGAAAAAUAUCUCGAAUAUCUCCGAUGGAGAGAAUUUUAUGAAAUCGAUCGACAUAAUUCGCAAGGAUGGAAUAAUCUAUUAUGUCCUCUUUGUCGGAUGGCCUCUAAAUCUCGGCUAUUCCCCGCCAAUCGAAUGAACUUUUCCGUGUGGUACGAACCCAAACUCGAAUGUCACGCGGAGGACGUUCAGAUCUUCAAACAAUGCAAGCAAGCCAAUCUCAGAGAUUGGAUGACUUGGGUAAAUGGAAAGCAGUGCCCAUAA